AUGAAGAACGACACAACUGUUUAUAGGUCUGUAUAUGAAGCGUUAGAAUAUAUGUUGAAUUAUAAUCCCGAAAGAUUUGACCCAAGCACUACGUCAUGUACAAUGCCUUUUAUUAAGGAUGGUGAAAUCGUAAGAGUUCCGAAUUCAACGGUUUACACAGCUGUUCAAAACAGUUUACAAAACAUUUUAGCGAAUAUCUUUAAUUCAGAAACUACAGAAAUAAAAUUACCAUAUAUAACAGAUGCUAAAGAAAUUAAAUCAAAAACGACAACAUUAUUUACGUCACUUAAUGAUUUAAUGACUUAUAUCAUUAAUAUUCCUGCACCAACUACAGCAUUUGAUCCAAACUCGACGGUUUGCAGUGUACCUUUCAUAAAGUCGCAAACGGACUCUUUGAGUCCUGAAGGUCUUUCAGACCGAAGCGACCAGGGCGAAGCCCAUGACAGUUCAUUAAUUGUUUUAAGGGAUUCAACAGUUAAUGAAUCAUUAAAGGCGUCAUUAAUGAAAAUCAUUGAUUUUAAUUCAUUCACGAAUACAUAUAAUUCAUUCAUUAAUGUUUCAUAUGCUUCUAAAGAAGGUGAGCCAAAAACUAUCGAUAAAGCGGUGUAUGAAAUAAAAGCAUCAACGACGAAAUUGAAUUCGUUAACUUUUGACGGUGAUAGUUUCGUUAAUGACAUAACAUCGGGGAAAACAAUUUUAACGAAAGAAUAUUUAAAAUCUCAUGUUAGUGAGUUCGUUGAAAUUGAAAAAGAAGGUGGAAUUAAGUUCGAUCCACUGAAUUUCAUUUUCAGCUUAGCGAAUGCGGGUGUUAGUUUCGCUGAAUGGACAACUAUACAGAGUGAAAUAAAUGCAAUAUGGACGUUUUUGGGGUCAAAAGCGGGAAUGGGUGAGCUUGUAAAUGCUGCAAGAACAUUAG